UGGAUCAAUAAAGUGACGAAGACAAUUCUUGAGAAAUAUUUCAAAUGUCGAUUUAACACAAUUCUUCCAUGGGGAGGAAUUGUGAUCGGGAUGAAGACAAAGUGUGACUCAAUUCAGGUUGAAAUCGCUGUGUACAUACAUCCAAAACUAUUACAAGCGUCUACAUACGUAAAUCUAUCCUGUAAAAUGAGAAUAGAAUUCGAUCUGGUUUAAGAUUAAAAUGGUUCAUUCUUUCGGGAGUGAAUGAUUAUAAAAAUUGGAAGAAUCAACAUGACAAGAGUAAGAAGAAGAACAAAAUUAAUGACAUUUUUUAUGUACGAACCCUGUGAAUAUUUGGGUACACGGACGAAUACCCAACAUUUUGUUAAGGUACCAACCAAGUAUUUUUGAGAAGUACACAUAAUGCUGCAUGCCCUUCAAACCUCUUUUUGAAAAUGAGAAAAGUUCCUGAACUGGUGAAGACCACUCUAAAAAAUAUUAUUUUUAGCUAAAUUUAAGAAUACAGGGUGGUUUAAAUGUCAGGUUGCAAUUGAAAAUUUUUCAAUGGGAAAAAUUCGCAAAUCCCCAUUACUUACCGUAAUUUUGCUCCUGAAAUUCAAUAUUUUAAAAAUUUUGUCAUCAGUGUUCCACAAGUUUUGAUAAAAAUUAAUAAAAAUCUCAAUCCCAAUUCCGGAAAAGUCAAGUAAAGAAAUUUACGAAUUUUUCCUAUUGCAAAAUUUUCCAUUGUAACCUGCCAUUUAAACCACCCUGUAUGUGGUUUAAGUUUGAUGCAUAUUUUUUGCGACACAUUCGGCAACAUGGUCGAUAUCCUUAGGACAAGUUUAAUCUAUAAUUAUGAACACUACUUGUCAUCAAAACCCACCUCGUCUGUCUUGCUACCUGUCCUAAGUACAUACAUAUCAAAGGGGUACUUUAUCCAUGUACGAUAAAGUGCUCAGUGAACAAUACAUAAUAUAACAAUACAUAAUAUAGUUCGUGGAACACUUGAACUUUGUCAGCUAUAUUUAUUCAGUGUUUUCUCAAAUUUUAUUAAAAAAAGAUCUUCUGUUCUGAAGGUUCUGAAGUAAAUUAUGAAUCUCAAUUUACGUAAUCUUUUAGUUAAUCCUCUUCACAACAAGUAGUGCAAGGUGGUUCGUAUUAUGUCUUAAAUUUGAAGUUAAUCCUCUGUAGUCACACGAGAUGGGCAACAUCACAAGAUUUUUCUUCAACUCACUUACGUAAAUUUUGAGACACUCAGUCAUGAGUGUACAUAUGCUUCAUUCUAUGAUAAAGUGUUCAGUGAACAAUACAGAAUAUAACUUGGUUAUAGGAACAUUUGCAAUUUGUCAGCUACCUUUAUUCGAAGCGUUUUAUAAAUUUUUAUAAAAAAGGUCUUGCAUUCUGAAGGUUGAUUUUCUGUAUAAACCAAACUCCUAUUUAAAUUUCCAAUCCACUAAAAUAACAUCUGGCGGUAUAAUACAAUUUUAUUAUUAUCGGAUUAAGUUAACCUGUCAAAUUAGGUGUUGGAUUUGCUCAUCCCGAAUGUCUGGUAUGUAAAGUCAUGAGUUCUAAGUACUUAUUUGCUUAAUAACCAGGAAUAAUUGGGUUUAGAAACGAAUAUAGCAAGAAUUAUUAUUGACAAAAGAUUAAUCCAUCAAAAUAUCUGCGAAUCCAAAACAAAUGUUCGUAUUUCAAGUGAAUUAAUUAAGAAAUAAUGAAUCUGAAGUUAGGUAAUCUUUUGGUUCAUGCUCUACACAACCAGUAGUGCAAUAUCGUCUCAAGUUUGUAGUUAAUCUUUGAGAGUCGUACGAGAUCGGGAUCAAAAUGAUAUCCGUUUCCGUAACCUUUAAUAUACUCAGUGGUAGGCAUAAGAUUUUGUUAUCCCAUCUACACAAAUGCCAAAAUUACCCAUUCUUCGUCGCUAAUUCCAGCCAAGGCACAAAAAAAGGCUUUCCUUUUCCCACCAUUUUAAUAAAAACAAAUAAAUUUAUUAGGAUAUGUAACACAAUCACAGCCAAACUCUAAUAAAAGAGCUACAAGCACACUUAAAACCACCAGAUUAUCAAUAUACACCGAUUACGAACUCACCCGCGAGGACAAUGCAAACUUGUGAAUUAUCCAAAAAUGUAUGCAGGAUCAGUUUAUGUACAUUUUUGGAAUGUUUUAUUUUCUGUAUUUGUUAAAUGUUUUAUACAAAUCUUUGGUCAUACUAAAAUUUUUAUGUAUCAUUAUGUUGCGGGGUUGCACCCCCCUUUGUACUUCUUAUCUUUGUAUGUUCUUGUCAAUUAGGGGUACUUAUUUCACCCCGAACAACUCCGGUUUGUGUUUCUAUGUAUUUAAGUCAUUUAUUCUUUCUUUCACUUACUCAACUAUCUAACUUACAUACUAAUUUACAUACUAAUCCUAACUUAACUUAACUUAUUCCUUCUUCUUCUUCUUCCUCGGUUCCCGAUGUUGUGAGAGACCCUGUUUUCUGGUUGGGUUCGUUAUUUUAUUCGAUUUAUUCUUGGCUUUCUUGCCAAGAUAUUUAUUUCGGGGAGAGAGAAAUCUCUCCCCACGACACUCCUGGGCCCUUGAGAUCUUGAAGUGGUUUACAUAUUUACUAAAAAUGCAUUCAAUUUGGCGUUUGAAUUUCAUUGAUUAAUUAUUUUGAAUAACAAUUUUUGUUUGUUGGAUAAAAAUUUACAUAUGGCGUGAAUCUCAUUUUGUAAGACGUUUUUUUAGAAAUUGGUAUAAUUAUCAUCUUAAUUAUUUUUAUGUUAUCAUAUUUUAAUUUAAAUGACAGUAGGUUAUUCACAUCGUAUAUUUAUAAUUGAAAAUAAUAAAUCAUCAAUUUUUAUGGGCGUAUUUUAACAUACAUUUUUAGCUCAUACAUUUUAUGCUGAAUUGUACAUAUUUUACAUUCUUGUUUUAAAUGUAAUAAAACAUCUCCAAUUUUUUUUCUCGUAAGUCAUAACAAAACUGCUUACAUUCCAAAUUCGUUUUUUAAUGGCAGUAUAAUAAUUAUUCGCUCAGUCAUAAUUUGACAACGUGAAGAAUAUCAUUAAUAAUAGAAUUUUCAUUUAAAUUUUAACAAUGUUAAAAUUGAUAUUAUUAUUUUUCUUUUCCAUUGUUCAUUCUCAAAAUGUUCCUCUUGCAUUAUCACGGGACAUAUUACAGUCUUGUUUGUCGUGUUUGAAAACAGAAGAGAAUCUAUUCUUGAUACGAGGUGGGGACGAAAUUUGUGUACCGUGCCAUAAGUUUCCAAAUAAAGAUGAUGAAGAAUUUAUUGCUUUACAUUUUGUCGCCUUCCCGGAGUUUUUCUGGUGCAGAUUCCUAAUAACUUCAUUUCAUGGACGUGAUGUGGGAUGUGGAAAUUUUGGAGAACUGCCCGUGCAUCUUUUAAAUGCAUGGAUGGACGAUUCUUCAUUGAAUAUUUCCCAGUUCGUGUUCAAUUGGCCCUUUCUGCAACAAUCCUUGCUUGAAAUUCCAACAACGACUCCAUUAACCCCCGAACAGUCAACAAUCAUGACGACGACAAUUCCUUCAUCAGCAGAGAUUCCCUCCUCGGAACAGACAACGACCAUUUCUUUUUCAGAAACGACCCCAAUGUCGCCAACGACCUCCCCCAUCAUUCCGGUUCAUGAAGUCAGCGAUGACGAGACAGUUAAUCAAGCGACGAUUCACUCGUCUCCCUUCGUCACGGAAAACACAGAGCCGGACACCGCGAGGACGACAGGAAAGGAGUCGACGGAACAAGUGGGCGCGUCCUGGUGGGUGUGGUGUAGUAUCGGUUAUGUGUCAGGAAUGCUGACAUGGGUUGUCAUCUGGGUGCUCGUCAUAAUAAGUAGUUGGAAACAAAUAUUAGCCAUGUAAAAUAUUAUUAAUUUUGAAGUGAAUACCCCUCAGAGGAGGAUUUUUAUAUCUCACUUAGUUGAAUAAUAAAUUACUUAAAAUUUCAAAAAUUCAGAAUAAUUUCAGAACUGUUGAAAGUUAUAUGUAAUGAUAAUUCCUGAUAAUUGGUGGAUUAUAAACAAUUUGAAAUAUGAUCAUUUUAAUUAUUGUUGCUGUUGUUUUUGUUUUCAAUAAAAUAAAGAUAUGUAAGUGAACAUUUGAGUAUUUCAUAACUUAAAAGGUUUAAUCAUCUUGUGCAUAGAGUAUAUAUUGCUUAUUGCCGUAGGUAGAGAAAAUUGGCAAAAUUUUUGUUUAUUGAUUAUUCGAAAAAAAUUGUGGCAAUUUGGAAUAGCAUGGUAUAAUUGUUCUACCUGGAUUUGGUUAUUAUUGUGGGUAACUUUAUUGCUUUUUGUAUGUAAAAUUGGCAAAAUUUUUAUAUGAUUUAAUAAAAUUGUGGCAAUUUUGAAUAACAGGUUGUAAUUUUUCUACCUG